AUGACGAACGAAACAACCCAGAUCCCCGAGUGGCAAGAGCUGGUCGCUCGCAAGCGCGCCGAAUGCCAGCAGAAAAUCCCAGGCGAGUGGACGUUGAGCGCUGAUCUUUUGGACGCACCCCCGCACUUAUUGGCAUGCGAUAUUCCCCGUCGAAGUGGCAUACUUUCUGAGCUCGAAUUGGAUCUCACGGAGAAUUAUACUGCCACUCAAUUGCUGGCGAAACUCGCCUCGGGCCAUAUCAGUUCCUUGGCCCUGACGACGGCGUUGUGUAAACGGGCUGCGAUUGCGCAGCAGCUGACAUCAUGCCUCACUGAGACGUGCUUUCCACAGGCCCUGGAUCGGGCGCGGUUCUUGGACGAGUACCUUGAGCGAGAGAAAAAGCCUAUCGGUCCGCUCCAUGGUCUACCUAUUAGUAUGAAAGAUAGUUUCUGUAUUGAGGGAUUGCAGUCAACUGUGGGAUACGUCUCCUUUCUGAAGAAUGAUCCGGCGUCAAAGAAUUCCGCGCUUGUCGCAAUGCUGUUACAGCUAGGAGCGGUUCUGUAUGUCAAAACUAACAUCCCGCAGACAAUGAUGACUGGAGACUCCGAAAAUAACAUCUUCGGCCGUACCCUUAAUCCUCACAACACGUCCCUCACUGCCGGCGGGUCCAGCGGCGGCGAGGGUUCCCUCGUGGGGUUUCGGGGAUCAAUCUUGGGUGUCGGUACCGAUAUCGCAGGAUCGAUUCGCAUCCCGGCUCUAUGCUGCGGCGUAUAUGGGUUCAAGCCGACAGCUCAGCGUAUUCCAUUUGGAGGACAAGUCUCAGGCGCAAUGGAAGGCCUACCGGGUCUGAUACCUGCUGCUGGUCCAUUAGGUCACAGUAUUGCCGAUCUGCAGUUAUUCAUGAAGACUGUCCUUGGUGAGGGUGAAGCUUGGGAAUACGACUCUUCGGCUUUUGCUGCACCAUGGAAUAAUAGUCCGCGUGCAACCACCGAGAAUAAUGGAAGUCUGACGAUUGGAGUGCUUGCCGAGGAUAAGCAGUUCCCGCUUCAUCCUCCCGUCAAGCGAGCUCUGAAUCAAACCAUUGAUAAGCUGACUCGAGCCGGUCAUCGCAUUGUUUACCUUGAGAGCAACAAUGACGAGCUUUCGGUCGCCUAUGCGUCUCGUCUGGCCUUUCAAUACUUUAUUUAUGGUCCCUCAGAGGAUAAUAUCAAGUCCAGUGGAGAACCGCUUGUGACAUCGGUGGCCAGGUUUGAUUCCCCCAUGUUCACUGGUCCAUUCCCAGUCGAUAUGGAACUGGACACCUUUGGCAAGAUCCAGAAGCUGCAUGAAGCCCGUCACCGAGUCAAUAAUGCUUGGCGUCAGGUCUGGGUUGAUCAGAAGCUCGAUGUAGUAUUAGCCCCGGGGGCACAGAAUACCGCGGUUGCGCAUGAUACCUACGGAUGGCCACCAUAUACAGUGAUGUGGAAUGUGUUGGAUUAUCCCGCUUGUAUCAUUCCGUAUGGAAAGGCGUCGAAGGAGUUGGACCCCGAGCCAAUGGAAACAGAUGACAAAGUUCAGCCAAAUUAUAACCCAGAUGAAGUUGAUGGUGCACCGUGCGCCAUUCAAAUCAUUACGCCACGUUUUCAGGACGAGAAAUGUCUCUGGGCUGCAGAAAUUAUUGAUCAAGCUAUUCGAUUGGAAUGA